AUGUUAUAUCCUGCACAGUUGUCGCACUUUUAUUUUACCGGGACACUGCUCACCUCUUAUCGGGGAUUGGAUCAGCUGCUCGUCAAAAUCACGGAUAACGCGAAGACGAUAAUGGCGGACAGUGUGAACAACUACGUGUCUAUCAACUCAACCGAUGUGUACAGUUCACUAUUGACCUUCGUCAUGCCCGCAAUGAAAUGUUGCGGUGUUAUGAACGGGUCUGACUUUGACCAAUCCACAACAUUUCAGCGGGAUUACUCUUACAACGGACAGCAGAUCACUUUGAGAUAUCCGGUCCCUUGCUGCAAGUUUGAUGGCAGUUACAAACCGCAGGCCAACUGUCCGGUCGAUUUCAACUCCAGCAACAGCAACAUCAAUCAGGGCUGUUGGCCUCUGCUUCAAACCGAGCUGGAUCAAUACGGUCGCAUUGUGGCCUAUGUCUGUUUGGGGAUUAUCGGAUUGCAGGUGAAUACAAAUACUUCAACAGACUCUGAAUCCGGAAUAAAGGCAAUCGAGGAAAGUGCCAUAACGAAAUCCGAAUCGUGUGCAGUUAAGGAUGCAGUGAAUAGACAACCACACUACAUGGACGGAGCCGGAGAAAAAUUCAACGAAGACGAUUUUCAAGCUCGACAGUCCGGAUGA